AUGUGGGAGUGGAGGGAUUGGGGGUGCACAAGGGGAGAUAAAAUUGUUAUUUUAAAAGUCCCAUCAACUGCAGAGUCCGAUUAUUCCACCUUGAUCAUAACAAGAAGAAGAAAUCUUCUCGUUUUCUGGAAUGAAGGUGGUGGAAAUUUGGAAUUAAUAUCCCGAUUUGCAAUACAAGUUGGUGAUACCUGCCAAAUAUCUCCUUAUUAUUUAUUGCACUGGCUGAUUAAAAUGACUGAAAAUCCAAAGUUGGUGGAUUCGGGUUCUGAUGAUAAUCUGAGCUCAAAUUGUGAAUUUGAAGAAAAGGGUAAUCAAAAAGUUUUGUUUUGUGAUCAUGUAAAAGGAUUAGAACAGCAAGGGAUUAAAUCUGAUAGCUUUGUAAUUGACAUGGAACGCUUUGAGAAAGACAUCAAUACAAAGUCAAGAAUUACAUUGCAGAGAAACCUUUCGAGAAAAGGAUCUCUUAGAGUUGGCGAGAAGAAAAUUAACCAAAGUACAAGCAACGAUAUUAGAAAAGCUAGCAUGGUUGCAACUGCACCGCGAGGCGAGGCUUUGCAUGGGGGUAGCAGGCUUGAAAUGCCAGUCCUACAGACUUUGGGAGCCGUCGAUCAAGCCAUCAACUUGCCAGUCCAUAAUCAAAUCACAGUCAUGAAUGGCACGGUGGGAAACACGGCUAUUGAAAGAAAAUACGGUGGCAAGAGGUUUAGUUUCCGGCGGUCUUCCUCGUCUUCGUGGGCUAUUGAUCCUAGAAGGAUACUUAUCUUCUUUGCAACCCUGUCGAGCAUGGGAACUAUACUACUAAUCUAUCUGACAUUAUCCAUGAGAAAGCUCAAUGAGGAAGAGAGUGAUCUCAAUUGA